UAUGGCUACACUGGCCACAACAGCCUUGCCCAAUCAAAUGUCAGGACUGGAGAAACUGUACAGCCUGUCUUAUCAGCACUACACCGUGUUUGGGUCUCUCUUGACUGUUGUAGUAGCUUUGAUCAUCAGUGCCAUAUCAGGAUUUGUACCCUCUGAAGACGUGGAUCCAAAUUUGUACUAUCCUGUGAUGAGCAAGCUAUGUUACCGGAAAAAACUGAAGGAUAAACAGUUAAUAAAGAACAGAGAGGUAGAACUUACAGAAAUUGCACAAAUAACACCACUGCAGUCUUCAGAAGGACAUGAGAAUUCUACAGGCCUAUAUAAGAAGACAACUUCAGAGUUCAGUAGGGCAAACAACACAGCUUUAGGUUAGAGUCUGCAGGUAUCCAUGGAAACAGCA